AAGAGAAACACUUUGGUGUUUCAUGAGGCUUCUUGCAAGAUUUUAAUAACUGUGUACCUGUUCAGUUAUGCUUUUAGCACACGGUGCAGAAUAAGAUCCAGUAUGUGUGUGUGUGUGUGUGUGUUUUUUUUUAUUUUUAUUUUUUUAUGUUAGGUGAGGGACUAAAACGUGAAGUGGUGUAUCCCACAUCAACCAAGAAAUAAGCACAGCACAUUAUCCAGCAUCAGAACUUUGCUCAUCAUGUCUCAGCCUGUCCAGUCCUACCCCAAAGAGGCAUACGUCUCACUAAUGACAGGCCUAAGAGAGUUGAACCUACAGGGCCCCUGUGUUCCUAGUGAGCUGGUCCUGAUUGGAGACCAUGCUUUCCCUUUAGCAAUGAACAGCCGAGGCCAGGUCAUUAUGGCAGCUUCUCUGUACGGCUGUGGAAGGAUUGUAGUUCUAGGUCAUGAAGGCUACCUGACCACCUUUCCUGCUCUGGUAGAGAACGCUCUGACCUGGCUGAGAGGAGAUGGAUCUGAAAACAUCUCUGUGGGGUUGCACAACAGUGUCAAGUCAGUUGCUGAUAACCUGAGUAGAUCCAGCUUCCAAGUAGAAGUUGUGGGGGCCUUUAGUGACAACCCAGGAGUUGGUGUGUAUGUGACAGAUGCCUACAGUGUGGGUUCAGACCCAAAAGACCUGGUGGGAUUUCUGAAAGCUGGAGGAGGAGUGCUGAUAGGGGGGCAAGCGUGGCACUGGGCUUCGAGUCACCCUAAGGAGAACAUGCUGCUGCUGUUUGAUGGAAAUAAGGUGUCAAGUGUUGCUGGGAUCUACUUCUCUGAUAAUCUGGGUGAAGUAGAAAACAUCCCUGUCUUCCCUCAGAUUCCAUCCUCCUGGAAGGCCUCGGGGGUCGCUAAGGAUUUUCAGGACGACUUAGAGUUCUUACUGGAGGGGAUUUCAGAGUUUGAUCUCCUGAAUGGUGUAGUAGCUUCUGAGGUUAUGGUCCAUGGCCCUCUUGCCUUCCCUAUCGGUACCACUGAGGAUAGACGAGCAUUUCUGGCUGGAGGCUACUAUGGACUAGGACGUGUUGUUGUGAUCGCACAUGAAGGACUUCUGAGACGAGAGACUCCAUUUUGGAACAAUGCUCUUCACUGGUUGGACAAAGGCCGGAACGGGGUCGUUGGUGUAGUGCCAGAUCUCAACGAUGCCUUCAACCUCUUCUCCAAGUCAGACUUUCACUGUGAGAAGACAAAGUUCAGGAAAGACCUGAGUGUGUUUGUGUGCACAGCGUACAGCAAUGAGCAUGUGGAGGAAAUCCAAGACUUUGUAGCAGAGGGAGGAGGCCUGCUGAUUGGUGGACAUGCCUGGUACUGGGCUCAGACACACCAGGGGGAAAACACCUUGACAGAGUUCUCAGGUAACAAAAUCCUAAACAAAAUGGGCUUGAGUCUUCUGGAAAAGAUGAUAUAUGAAGGUUCCUACAAGGCCCCAGAGCCCAGCCAGGCCAUCAAAGAUAAUUACCACUUCCGCCAUCUUCUACACCGCUUCGCUGAACAUGUAACUGAGGGACAAGAACUUACAGGACAUGAAGAGGAAUGUCUUAAAAGACUGCGUGAAGACUGUGCCAACUAUUUACACAUGGAGGCUCAUGACUCCUCCUGCUAUACUCAGGUUGUGUCCACUCUCUCUACCAUCUUCAAGAUAACUGGCAUGCCACAGGUGAGUGAGAACUGCCCUGUGAAGAGUCCCAGAGAUCACCUGCUCCUCAGUGUGGCGUCAGAGGUGUAUAAGGUUUGUCCAGAUCCUGAUGUUCUCCUGCCCUACCUCAUCAACAAUAACCCACUGAUGCUUGUUGUCUAUAACCAAAGGAUCCAGGUUGAUGUUAAUACAACAGAUAGGGAGGAAUGGAUCAGUACAGGUCUCUACCUCUCUCCUGGAAUGAAGACCUACAUGGCCAUGCCAGCAGAGAUUGUCAACAAGGGAUGGAAGGUUCAGAUAGGCUGCCAGACAGACCGACUGAAUGCUGAAGAGUUGAAGAGAGCACCAUGUGUUCAUGAGCGAUUUCCUGUUACCUCAGACAUGAUGCAGGUGUGGAACCUGUGGGGGGGACUCAUCUACCUGGUGGCACCUCCCAAAACACAAGUGCAGGGUCCAGAAGUGACUGUGCAGAUGGCUGUACCUGCACCAUACUAUAAAUCUGGUGUGACAACAGCAGCUGAUUGGUCGUUGCUGCGCACAGCUCCUUCACCCUGGGCAGAGUUGGAGUUUGACAACAUCAUCCUCACUGUACCAUCAGAUGUUGUCAGGGCCCUGGAACGUCCUGAUGAGGUGGCAACGCUCUGGAAUGACAUCAUGAGGAGUAUUGCUGAUCUUGCUGCCAUCCCACACAAAUUUCCUUGCAAAGAGCGUUUUGUAACUGAUGUGCAGAUUUCUCAUGGUGAGUAUUUUUUUCAAAUGGUUUGUUUACAUGUCACCUACGUUUUCAAAAUGUUACUCCUCCUCCAGCUGGUCAGUGUGGACCAUAUGAAGAGUAAAGGCCUGUGGGGUCCCAUCCAUGAACUAGGACACAACCAACAGAGAGGCUGCUGGGAGUUCCCUCCACACACCACAGAGUGUACAUGCAACCUGUGGUCAGUGUAUGUGCAUGAAGAUGUGCUGGGGAUCGACAGGACAAAGACUGAAAAUCCUCUGACUCCAACAAAAAGGAUGGCUCUUGCAGAAGAGUAUGUUAAAGGCGGCAGGAAUCUCAAAAGCUGGCAUACGUUUGUGGCCCUGGAGACAUACAUACAGCUCCAGGAGAGGUUUGGCUGGGAUGCCUUUAAGAAGGUGUUUGCUGCUUACCACAACAUGAGCAACUUUCCCAAUGACAACAACGGAAAGAUGAACCUGUAUGCUGUGACCUUCUCCCAGACUGUGGAGAUGAACCUGGCUGGAUUCUUCAAGGCCUGGGGUUGGCCCAUAGAAACAGACACAGAACAAAAUCUCUCCAACCUGCCUCCAUGGAGUGAUCACCCCAUGGUCCAGUACGACUGAACUUCAGACUAUGUCCAGAGCAGUGCACUGUUCAAUGGAAAAAUCAAUUGAAUUAUAUUGUGGGAUAUUUUGAUAUAAUUCAUUGCCACUUUUUGAAUUUGGUGAUUGCAUUUAGUUUAUUUCGAAAGUUUAUUCACACCAACCAUAUUUACCAAUCAAUUGUGUAAACUGUGCAUAAAUAAAAUAAAAUAUGCUUGUCGUUUCUUAGUAUUUGCCCUACUAUCACUAAUAAACGUGGUGAUGGCAGAUUUAUUCAUCCAAAA